CGCAUAAAGACUUAUAUAUGUCUCAUCACCAUUGAACUCCAUAGUAACUCUCUCUCUCUCUGGCUCUCAACGCAACGCACUAAUCCCUCGUCGCGGCUAAACGCUAAACGCAACCGCCAAGAUGACGGAGAAGGAAUGUGAGCAUCACCAUGAUGAAGAUGAGAAGAUGCGGAAACGCAUAGGAGCGGUGGUGCUUGGCUUUCUCGCAGCUGUUCUUUUUGUUGUUUUCUUGGUGUGGGCGAUACUUCACCCGCACGGGCCGCGAUUUGUUCUUCAAGACGCAACAAUCUACGCGUUCAACAUUUCUCAGCCAAACUAUCUCACUUCCAACAUUCAGGUCACUCUCUCUUCUCGAAAUCCGAAUGACAAGAUCGGAAUCUUCUAUGACCGCCUUGACAUUUACGCUUCUUACCGCAACCAACAGGUGACGUUGGCGACUUUAUUACCGGCGACUUAUCAAGGCCACCUUGAUGUGACGGUAUGGUCGCCAUUUCUAUACGGAACAACCGUGCCGGUAGCACCAUACCUUUCGCCAGCGUUAAGCCAAGAUCUAACGGCGGGGAUGGUGCUUCUGAAUAUCAAGAUCGACGGUUGGGUUAGAUGGAAAGUGGGAACGUGGAUCUCCGGUAGGUACCGCCUCCACGUCAAUUGUCCGGCUUACAUUACAGUCGCGGGACAGUUUUCUGGUGAGGGUCCGGGCGUAAAGUAUCAGCUUGUCCAGCGAUGUGCUGUUGACGUUUAAGCAAAGGGAUCAUCAUUAUUCUUUAGAGAGACUACUUUAAUUUGUUGUGCUUUUAGUGUUUAGUUUAAUUAAAUUCUUCGAAAUGUUAUUAUCCAUAAAAAAAAAUAUUGUUUUGUGAUAUUUAAGUUUUAACAAAAUAAUUAGUAGGCCCACACAAGUCUUCGGAAAACUUA